AUGCAUCACUUGAUAGGUGGAAGUUCACCUGCUCCAUUCUGUAGUACCCCAGGUCCUGCGAACAGUUUUGCAUCAAGUUCGCUCGAAGUUGAUGGUACAGUAGCACGAAAAACAGCAUCGAAGGAUGUCCUUGAAGUUGGUCAACUCACUGCAAAGAAUUUUCCCAGUCCCCCUGAUAUGUCACCGUGUAAUCCUUUAGAUGAACACAGACAAGACUGUCGACAACAUCAAUUUCAAUCCUCAGGAUUGAAUAAACCUAUUGGAGCUGGGAAAAAGUGGAGUAAAUACUCGAAACGAUUAAGUCGACUCUUUCGUCAUGACAAUAUGAUAUUAAAUCGUUCAUACAUGGAAUUAGUUGGAGCCGGGGAUGCUAAAGGAGCGUUAUUUAAGAUUUGCGGACAAACUGACUACAAAUCAUUUUCUCAACUUUUAUUUCUUAGGUAAGUUACACUUAUUUCUGAAAAAAAGACCUUGUUUGAAGUAGUAGUAGUAAUAGUAUUUGUUGUUGUUGUUGUUGUUAUUCGUUCUUUGGGUUCUCUGUUAGGUAAAGGGGGCACCUCUUCAUUGCUCUUUCAUUUCCCUGCUGUCGUUUCAGUUUUUAACCGGUUCUAUGAUUACUAUUGUGGUGAGUGCUACUUAUAAUCAGAUGUCUGUCUGUCUGUUUUCGACAU